AUGUCGUCUGGAAUUGUUGCAGUUUUAAUUGAUUUGUCAGGUACAUUGCACGUGGAAGAUCUGUGCAUUAAAGGAGUUCCGGCAGCUUUGCUACGACUUAGGCAAAAUCCUCGUUAUUUGGUGAAAUUCGUUACAAACACUACGAAGGUGCCUUGUUUUUUAUCUUCUUCAAGAGUAGUAUUCGAAAAAGCUGGAAGUCGGAAUAAUGUCUUAUAUUUGUUUUAUAGUUUAAAGUUAGUUAAAUUGUCAUGUGAUUCCCAUAUGGAUUCAUCAAAUCGUCUUCAUGAACGUCUAGCAAAACUUGGUUUGGAAAUUUCCCAGUCUGAAAUAUUCACAUCACUUUCUGCCGCUAAACAACUUAUUAAAAAAAACAACCUUCGACCGUUACUUUUUCUGGAAGAUUCUGCAAUGGAAGAUUUUGCAGAUUUGGAAGUUGACAACCCGAAUGCAGUAGUUGUUGGACUUGCUCCAUCAAAAUUCUGUUAUUCAUAUUUGAAUCAGGCAUUUCGGUUACUUUUGAGUGGUGCUAAGCUGGUUGCCAUUCAUAAAGGGCGGUAUUAUCGGCAAAAAGAUGGUUUAUCAUUAGGACCAGGACCUUUUGUUGAAGCUCUGGAAUACGCUACUGGUGUUAAAUCCGAAGUGGUAGGCAAGCCGGAAUCCAUGUUUUUUUUAACGGCACUUAAUAGUUUGCAACAAUGCUUGCGACCAGAACAAGUAGUUAUGAUUGGUGAUGAUGUUCGAGAUGAUGUUCUUGGAGCCCUGAAUGUUGGGAUGCAUGGAAUUCUUGUAAAAACUGGAAAAUAUUGUGAAGGUAUUUUUAUUGUCAGAUUUUCAUGCAUGUUCUUGAAGUUUUAUUCUGUUGAUGAGGCUUUUGCUUUCACUCUUCGUUGA